CAAGAUGGCCUGGGCCCGCCUGGCCCUCCUGCUGCCCCUGUUGCUGCUGCAGAUUGACCAGGCCUAUGAACGAGAUAAAGAUAUGUAUGAAGUAUGUGGACGUCCAAAGCUCAGACCCCGGGAUUUCACCAUAGAACCCCGGCGUGGACGUUGGCCAUGGCAAGCUAGCCUUUGGUAUAAAGGCAAGCACUGGUGUGGUGCCACCCUAAUCCAGCCUGAAUGGAUAAUAACAGCUGCCAGCUGCUUCCGAUUGUCCAAUGACACUUGGGAUUACAGUGUGAUGAUUGGUUCUGUCUAUGCCUACCCAACCACUCGCUUCAUGCCCACAUUUCUACAGCACCGAGAAUACUACCCCAAGUUCACUCCCUGGACCCUCACAGAAACUGCAAGAACAAUGCCUCUUAGACAAAAUUUCAAAGCAUCAUCCCCAUCCCAGGAAAUCUAUCAGGGACUUCGGAGAAGGAAGUCAGUUCAAUUCAAACUGGUGUUUUUCAGACUGGUGGAAUCCCUAGAAGGUUCCAUGGAACUUCGGGAGGGAAGAGUGAAAAUUACUGACUUAGACAGGUAUGAAAAUGUCCAAGGUCCCCUGGGGCAGCUCUCAGACUCUGAAACCUACCGCAAUGACAUGCUUUGUGUACUCACGCCGUUAUAUCCAGCUGAAAGAUGUGUGGGCGACCAAGGUGGCCCCCUAAUAUGUCAGAUUCAGGAUGUCUAUUACCAGUUUGGGAUCAUGAAUUGGGACCGUGGCUGUAUGGCAGCAAUCAAGACCAAGACUUUCACCAGUCUUGCCCUUUACAGUGCCUGGGUUGAGAAAAUAAUCAGCAGCAGCACCACGCUGAGUCCAUUCAAGUUCACUCUCCUUGCCUUGCUUCUACCCCAAGCUCUUCUAGAGCACUUCUGAGCACAUGCUUAGUUCUUCCUCCUUGAGGCUUGGCUAAGUACAGCUAAGUACAGUACUUGGCUAAGACUGCCAUAUCCAGGGCUCUUACCUCCUUUACUCACUUGAAAGGAUGUAUGAGGGCCCCUAUUUCCUGGGAUGGGGAAACACAUACCAGGUUCAGAGAAAUAAGUGGUGCAAGAGAAGGUAGGGAUGGGGAGAUUGUCAGGACCAUUUGUCUUUCUGCCAAGAGGUCCUUUUGGAGAGUGGCUUACAGUGGCAAUAAAAUGUUAUUGAUUUCAACAUUGAUUAUACUGACGAUAACUUCCUGGUAGGGAGUGUAGGGACAGAACUUGGAGGAAUGCCCAAGCCUGAGGAGAAAGCCAGGUAUCACUGGUGAGAAUUCUGGGAGGGGAGUCUAAGUCAAGGUUGUGUGAUGGCCAAGCAAGAGUAUUGGAACUUGGGGUCUUUUACAAGAUGACCCAGUAUUCAUUUAGGGAAAUAGCUUCCUUCAAAAGUAGUUUCAAUGGGCCUCGUGCUAGAGGCAAAAGGAUUGAUCUAACUGCAAAGAUGAAACCCUCAUAUGAGUCUUUGGCAGUAGAGUUGGAAAAUACACAGGAGCAAAACUACCACAGGUGUGGCUACAGGGGUGGAGAGUAAUCAAGGAGGAAGUGAGGAAGUGAGGUAGAAACUUGGUCCCUCUUCUUCCCUUUCCACCAUGGCAGGACAGAAGCUUAGUAAAGACUGAGCUUUUCCCUCUUCCAUCCACUUUAUUCUCACCCUGCUCCAGACAUAGCACGCCAGCUGUGACCUGAUCCUUCUUUUUGAGAGCAAAGGUGGAGAGCUAGAAAUGGCAAGGAAGAUGACUAUGGACAGGACUAUAGGACAAGGCAAUAUGGAAGAGAGUGGACAUAAGCAGGUACUUCCAGGAUAAAGAGCUGAAGA